GAAAGGUGGCUAUAGCUACUUAGAAGGAAGGAGGAAAAAAAAAGAAGAAAAGAAAAAUUUUAAGCUUGCUUCAUUACAAGCACAAAGGGAAUUAGAUUCCAAGCCAACCCAAGAGAGAAAGAUUUAAUCUUUUGAAGAAAUCCAGCUAGAAGAGAAGAAUUAAGAAUCAUCAUGUGGUGCUGGAAAGAAGCAGCAGGCUAAAGUAAAAAGAGAGAGAGAGAGAGAGAGAGAGAGAGAGAGUUUUAUUUUCUCUACUUUGCAAGCUUCAUUCUAUCUCAUUCUGUACACACAGCACACUUUUUUUUUGUUUUUUUGCAACAGUUUGAGGGUACUGCCAACUAAUAAGCUUCAAAAUUAAGUAGACAUGCUGCCUCCUUUCUGGUCAUCAUUCUGGAAAAGAUACUAAUGCUACUGAUAUGGGAAAGAAGGGUAGUUGGUUUUCUGCAAUAAAGAGGGUUUUCACACACCACUCCAAGGAGAAGCAAGUACCUAAUGAUUCGGAGAACAAAAGCUCGAAAGAUAAGAAGAAGAAAGGCCUAGGAAAACUAAGGCAUGGAGAGACCAAUUCAUUCAUCCCCCUCUUCAGAGAGCCAAGCAGCAUUGAGAAAAUCUUUGGCGACUUUGAAAGAGAGCAACAAUUACUAUCUGUAAGGCCUCCAACGCCUCUCGAGCAACCAAAACCAGCCCCUGUUGUCCCUCCUAGAGCUGCUUCUCCAAGGGCUCCUUCUCCGAGGGCUCCAUCUCCAAGAGCUGCGUCUCCGAAGGCUCCUUCUCCGCGUGCUACCUCUCCCAAAGCUACUUCUUCCAGGGUUGUUCAUCACCACAAGGAGGUUGGCUAUAGACCGGAACCAACUUUAAGGAACCAACAUGCCGCAGCAUCUAAGAUCCAGGCUGUUUAUAGAGGCUAUAUGGCCAGGAGGAGUUUUAGAGCUCUGAAGGGAUUGGUGAGGCUUCAAGGCGUGGUAAGAGGACAGAAUGUGAAGAGACAGACGGUUAAUGCCAUGAAACAUAUGCAGCUUUUGGUGCGAGUUCAGUCUCAAAUUCAGUCUCGAAGGAUUCAGAUGCUGGAAAAUCAGGCGCGAUAUCAAGCCGAGUUAAGGAAUGACAAGGAUGUUGCUAGCACCUUGGGCAAAUUGACUUCUGAGAAUGAAGAAUGGGAUGAUAGCUUACUGACAAAAGAGGAAAUAGAGGCAAGAUUACAAAGGAAGGUGGAAGCAAUCAUCAAAAGAGAAAGAGCAAUGGCAUUUGCAUACUCUCAUCAGUUAUGGAAAUCCACUCCGAAAUCAUCUUCGACGCCGGUGACAGACUUGCGAUCCGGCCCUUGGUGGUGGAACUGGUUGGAGAGACAAAUGCCAGCCUCAUCAAAUCCACAAGAGAAACAAUCCCUCAAGAACUUCCAAAUCACACCUCCAAGACCAUACUCAGAACAGAAGACUAGUCCGAAACCCGCCUCGACCAGCACCCCCCGGCAGCAUCAUUUCGCCUUCGACAACAUGGACAUACCGACGCCAAAAUCCACCAAAUCAACCAUACUCCCAUCCUCAAAACCUUCUAGAACUCCACCAUACAGAACUCCACAACCAUCAACCAUGUCAAAGUAUUCAAGAGCCUUCGACGUGGCGCUGAAGGACGACGAUAGCCUAACAAGUUGUCCACCAUUUUCCGUGCCGAAUUACAUGGCUCCAACUGUUUCUGCCAAGGCCAAAGUUCGCGCCAAUAGCAAUCCAAGAGAAAGGUUUGGUGGUGUUGGAACUCCAACAAGUGAUUCAAAGAGAAGACUCUCAUUCCCUUUCACACAAGGUAUUGGUUCUUUCAAAUGGAAUAAUAGUAAUAAUGGUAAAACCAAUAAGGAUCUUCCUGGCUCUAAUCACAGGAUGCAACUUGAUUCUUCUAUAGGGAACAUGAGUGUGGAUUCAACUGUUUCUUUGCCUGCUACCAUGGGGAGAAAGCCUUUUACAAGAUUUGUGUGAUUUAUAAUUUGUUUUUUAUUCUUUUUUCUUAACCAUUUUUCUUUUUCCUUUUCUUUUUGUCUAUGUUGAUGUUGUUAUUGUUAUCAGCUAUAUAUUAUUAUGAUUUGGAUGUAUUGGUGAUACUGAUAGCUUGACAAGAAGUUAUAUACUCUCUCGGUUGUAAAACUAAUAAAAACACAAUAGAGAACGAUUGAUGGUUUGAUUAA